UUCGCGCAGCAACUCAUGCAGUACUCCGCUAGCGUCGCCGGCCGUACAGCUUCAAGAUUGCACGGGUGACGGGGGAUUGCCUGGCAGUCAUAGGACCCGGCUUCCCUUCCCACGGCCACGGCCACGGCCAAGAAACUGUACAUUGUCAUUGGACUCGGAAGGCAAGAUGGAGGGGAUCGUUUGAAGGAAGAGCUGGUUCUUGUUUUCCUUCAAUGUUCCCUUUAAAUACGGUUUGAAAAAAAGUGAAAACUUUGUCAACAUUCUCGUCAGAAGAAGGCGACGAAUGUUGGCAUCCUCCACGAACCCUGGCCCUCCCAGCUCUUAGGCACUGGUUCUCCUCUUGUUCUCUCUAGCUCAGGCUGUCUUCUCUGCUGAGAAGAGCUGAAGCAUCUCAGCAUUGACAGCCAAUAUGAGCGGGGCUAUUGCGCAGCUGCUAUGGACCCUCAGAAGGGGCAGCCCUGCCGAGCAGGCCCGAGCCGGCCACAAGAUCUAUCAGCUGGAAUCGAUGGGGGGGAACGCUUAUAAGAACGACAAAGACAUUGUGGCGGCACUCGUGGACCAAGGGGGGAUCCCCCUGGCGAUCGAGCUGAUGGACAAGGGGUCAGCACCCGUGCAGGAGGCCGCGGCGCUCAUCCUUCGGCCCAUCUGUCAAAACAUUGAAGAGUACCGUCAGAAGAUCCUGGCAGCGGAUGUCCUCCCCCCGCUGCUGAAGAUGCUGCGGCAAGGCCCAUCUGCGGGUCCCGCUCACUAUGCUGCGGGGCUCAUUGUCAACCUGGCGUACGCCAAGGGGGGACCGAAGCAGGUUCGGGAGGGGGGUGCACUCCCACUCUUGUUCCAAAUGGUCCAAGAGUCCAGGACCCCUUCGUUUGGGCGGUACCAAGCGACCGACGCGCUUGGGUCCCUCGCCAAGCACGAGGACGAGUGCGCGCGCGCCAUCCUUGCCUCCGCGGGCCUGCUGCAACAGCUGGUCUCCGACCUGGCCGAUCCAAGCGUCGCAGCUGUCGCUGCUAGCACGGUCGGCCACGUGGGUCUGAAGCGGCCGUGGGCGCUGGACGCACUGCUGCGGUGUGGGGCCAUCCCCGCUCUAGUUGCCGCUUUCGACACCCAGGACGACGACCAACUAGACCGGGCCGUCCAUGCGCUGCUCCAGCUGGCGUCAUGCGGGGAGUCAGUUCGACCGGCCAUAGUGCAGGCGGGCGGCUUGCCGGCGAUCUUGACGGUCCUGGAGAAGCGGGACGUUCCCGACCGCUGCGUGCAGUCCUGCGCCGCGUGCAUCAUCUAUUGGCUGUGGCAAAUGGACAGCCUCCAGGGGCCGAUCAACACCGCCCUCGCCAGCUUCGUCCAGGCGCUGGGGCCCAGGCUGGCGAGUAGCGUGGAAGCGGAAAGUGUGACUGCGCUCAAGGGCCUCUCCUUCCUGGUCGACCGCAAGAAGUUUCAGCAGCCCGAAAUCUCCGCGUCCCUCGUCCAAACCGGGGUGAUCCCCCUGCUCGAGUCCGCGGCCACGGACGCGCGCCCCGGCGUCCAAACCCUGGCCCUCCAAACCCUGCACGGCAUGUCGCUGUCCGGAAUGGUGCCCGCGGCGCGAGACGCGCUUCUCAAGCUUGAUUUCGCGGCGCCAAUUUUGAGAAUGAUGAGGAGUGCAGACCCGCAGGAGAGGGCGACCGGUGGCAAGAUUCUGUGCGACAUGGUCGCCUACGAAGAAAGGACGGACGCCUGGUGGGCGGACCCCCCCGGCACGCUCCGCCCCGCCGACUUCGCCGCCCGCCGCCUCGUCGAUGCUGGCGUCAUCCCGAUCUGCUUACAGUGGAUGCGUGACAUCACAGAAACGGAGGCCGUGCGCUGCAGCGGCGGGCUCGCUGUCACGCGCAUCUGCUGCUUCCGCCUGUGGGGCCAGGUGGCGGUCCAGCAUUCGUCAGGCAUUCAAUGCGCGCUCGAGGUGCUGGUGCGGCCGGACACACCCCCGGCGCUGCGCCACAGAUGCGCGGUACUGCUGCGGAACGCGCUGGCCAAGAAUGCGCACACGGCGUGGACGUUUGUACAGGCGGGAGGCGUGUCCGCGUUAUUCCGCGCUUUGGAGCUGAUGGAGAAGGGCAGCCAACUGACCAGCACGGUGGAAGCCUUGAUGACGACGCUUCAUAAUGUUUGGGAGAUUGCGCCGCAGCGGCCGCACGUGUUUCCCGCCCUCAAAGCGUUCGUUGACCAGAUCGCCGUGAGCGCGCGCGGGCCCUGGGAGAGGCGGGACCGACUGCUCAUGGGCCUAUUCACAGCGCUGGACCCCGAGGUCGCUACCCCGGACCCCACCCUCCAGGACGCCUUCAUCCAAGCCGGGGCAUUCACACUCCUGGUGCCCAUGCUGAGCGAGCCCAUCGUCGCGGCCCAAAUCUGGGCGGCAGAAAUACUCCGCGCCCUAGUUAUCGCUAACCAGGCCACGAAACGCACGCUGAAUGCUUACGGGGGGCUGACGCGGCUUUUUGAAGCGCUCGGUGGGGGCAACCCGGGCGUCCAAACGGUGGUGCUGCGGUGCCUGGGGGAAGAGCUGCACGAGGCGAGCGAGCUGUCGGUGCUUGCGAUCAACAAGAUGGCGGCGCUCAAGCUGCUGACGCAGUGCGUGCUGCACGGAGAGGCGCCCGUGCAGGAAAAGGCGAUGUGGGUCAUCGGUCGGAUGACUCUGAACCAGGCGGUGGUGGCGCGUCUGUUGGGGCAGGAGAAGCCGCGCCAGCUGAUCCCCAUCCUCAUCAAGAAAGUGAAAGACUCGGCGGCGCAGCCUGAACUGCAGUAUCAUGCCGUGUACGCGCUCGAGUUCCUGACGGUCCAGCCGGAGGACAACAUCAAGCUGGCGCUCAAGAGCGACAUGGUGCCGAUUUACAUGGACGUCAUCCGGAACGCCGGCGCCGAGGACCGCACGCGCGUGCGCGCGCUCUCCACGCUCACCGACAACAGCAGGGGCUGGCACAAGUUCCAGGCCAAAUGCUCCCGGGCCGGCAUCUACAAGCUAACGUGGACCCUCAAAGACGACGCGGCCGCGAGCCCGGCGGUGCGCGACGCGGCCGCGCAGGCGUACCGCGACAUGUGGAAAGCGAUGGGCGAGAGCGUCCUCUCGAUCGUCGGCCCGUUCUCGUUCUCCAUGCGGAGCAACAUUCUGAACGGCUCGCGCGCGUGACGUACUGUGCUUCGAGACCUGGUGGCUGAGAAGCAGAGUUACAAGAAGCGAAAGAAGAAGGGGAAAACGAGAUGAGAGCUACUUAUCUUGGCGGGCCGCCAAGCCAGGGCAGAACGCCCUGUAUUCAAGUGCGUGUAUCUCAUUCCAAGGAAUUCCUUUUGAAGCAAGGGAAGCAUACUCUGUAUCAUGGAGGAUUUGGUACGACCACCAAGGCCGUCGGUCAAGCAGACUUUGGUCUAAUUCUGCGUGUAGCAGGGGUGUAUAAUCAGUAGACUGCAAGGUCACUCGGGUCAAGAUACAGGCGGGUCUUGUCGACUGAACCGUACCACGUCAUGUCCAGUCCUACUAGUCCUAGGGCGUCCGUAGGUCAAGGAGAAGCCGAUAGACUGUCAGAUUGAACCUCCGACCGCUUAAGCAAUGCCAGCGUUGGUGCACGGGUGCCAAUUGAACCUACUGUACUUAUAAACUUAAACAGACUUAUACUGAUGUCAGUGCUGACGUCUUAGUAAAAUGUAUUGGAGGCCUUGGCCAGAGACUUCUUUGAGCGGAGCAGUUUUUGGAUUGAGUAGGCAAUACGGACGCGUAUUGUGAUAGGUUGAGGAUUUCCAUCCACAGCAAUGACCGUAGCUGCUGCACCACAAAAGCUGGCAUGCGUCUCAAAACAUCUGCUUAAGCUGCACCACCGGAAUGUCUAGGUACGUUUUCUGCAACCGACUGCAAUCCGGAGAUUAUAAGUCAACAUGCCUGGCCUUAUCGGGAAAAUUCCUGUCAUUUUCAG